AUGCAUCUUGAAAUAAAUGAAAACCAUUGCAAUUCUUAAGCUAAUCGAUUGAAGGGAAAAAUAUGGAUUAUGACUACAAUAACAAGAAGUUGUUCAAUGGACAGAAAAUCAAUUCUGUAUUCACCUUCUUCAAAAACAGAAAAUACUUCAGCAUUUGGGGAGAAUUUAAAAUUUAGAAAAAGAAGUUAUUCUAAUUCAGUUUCUACGCAUGAUUAAGUGUCAAAUAGAUAAUAAGAUUUUAAUAUGACUUAAAAGGAUGGUCCAAUUUAAUUAGAGAAUAAAUAACAAAAAUAACUUAAUGAUAGCAGUGGUAGGUCAAUGCCAGCAUCAAAUAAGAGAAAUACUAAUAGAUAUUAGGAUGCACUAAAUAAUAUUUAUGAAAAUAGAAAAGGUGAUGUAAAUUUUAGGCAAUUUCAUUAAAAUUUUUAGUAAGAUGUGCUCUAGUUGGAAGCCUUAUAUUAUUAGCUUUCUUAAUUAGGGUUUCAGAGAUCUGCACCUUUAUAACUCCCACCUAUUUUAAGCUACUUCUUAUAUGCUUUAAUUAUGCAUAGAGUCGAUAAAUAAGAUCUUUUUUAUCAAUUUUUUGAAAUAUAUUAGGUUGAUGAAUAUUAUCCCAAAUUAAGAAAAUUUUAUAGUGGAUAUUUUAAAUAGAAGCUCUAAAACUAAUGUUUUUCACAAAUUUCUUAUUAUAUUGACCCAGAAGAUUAUAUCUCAUAUGAGCACAUUUUAUUCACAUAUAUAAAUAAAUUGAUUCCCUUCCUCAAUCUAGAUUAUAAUAUGCUUUUGGAUGAUUUUCUAUCAUACAUUUCAUUAUCAAGCCUUUAAUAACAAUCAAUAGAAUGCUCUGUAACUGAUGAUAAUGUUUUUAGAAAAAACAACAUUGCAAUUGGAAAUAUUAGAUUUGUCUUCAAAUAAAAGGAUGGAUAGCUACUUAAUUUUAAGCAACCAAUAGGAAAAUUUGAAAAUAAAUAAUUUCUUGAUUAUGUUUAGUUUCAGGCUGAGUUUGCUUAAUAGAUAUCCUCAGCCGAACCCAUAAAAUCUUUUUUUCAUAUUGUUCUGAACCCCAUAGUGAAAGGACUAUGAU